AUCCUUCGGGAUUAAGAGAAGUUUAUCCUCAAAUUAUCUAUCUAUUAUGUACAUCUAGAUACAUAACAAUUGGUAUCAGAUUCGUUCGAUCCAUGGGAUAUUUGGUAUCUAAUUAGGGAGAAAUUUCAACUCUAUAACCAUUUACUUGAUCUGACGAGAAGAUAUCAAGAUAUACUUAACGAUGUACCUUCACCCAGUGAAAUUAUCAUCUUUCACAAACAGAAUAUCUCAUCAACUUCACCAAGAAGAGGUGGGAAUCAAUUUACAUAACACCAUUAGAAGAACAAUUUGUUCAUGGUGUUGUGAAAACGAAAAUGGUAGAAGUGAAGGAGAAAUCUGAGGAUUUAGCAUCAACGAUGCUUACGAAAUAAGUUUUUUAUUCAGUAAUGGAGUCAUAUUUCGGUAAGAAAAACUGCAGUCGUGAAGAUCCAGUAGGAGUUUCAAAUAUUACUUCAAAGUCAUCAUUUGAAGAAUAUCCUACUAAAUCAAUUGGAACGGCGACCUAAUUUCUACUUCUGUUGCUCCACCCUCUGAUUCUGAAGACUUCAGUGUUGUUACAUCGGAAGAAGCAAAAUCAAUUCCUACUUCUGUUCCGCUAGAUUCUUCUUCUCAAGUCCUCAAUAUGGUUGAAUCUCAGAAAGUUAACUCAAUUUCCGUUGGCGUUGUUAAAGACAAUGAUGGUUCUUCUGAUUGUGUGGAAUUUCCAUUUAAUGAAACUUCAAAAACAGAUGUUAAGAACUUCACCUGGAUAAAUCAGAUCGAAAUUGGUGAGUGUUUUAACAUUAUUCUCAAUUCUUCUCGUGUCAUAUUCGAUCGUGGAAAAGAGUUUAAACAUAUGACAGGGACUUCUCGUUUUGCUAUGUGUGAUUCUUUGUUUUGGUAUGUUUUGGAUAAAUUCUUUGAGGAAGAUGUUCAGGAGUCGAAUUUUGAACAUGGGUACUGGUAAUAUUCAUGGUUUAGAGAUCGAAUCGCUUCUACGUUAGAUAAUGGUAGAGUUGCUCGUACUGCUUGGCAGGUGUUUGGUAAAAUGCUUCAAAUGGAUGUUGUGAAUUUUAAGAGAAAAAUAAUUAUCAAUCACCAGUUGUUUAGUAAGAAAUCGUCAUACCUUGGUCUCAACCUCACUGGUAGCGUAUUUGAUCGUGGGAGAGGAUUUGAUCCCAUGGGAAGGUAUUCUUUAAUUGAUAGUGCUUACAGAUUCUGUUAUGAUUGGCUAUUUAGUUCUGGUUUAUUCGUUCUUAAGGUGGGUUCAGUUUCAAAUGCCUACUGCAGUGGAAAAUUUACUCAGGAUCUUAAUAAUAAACAUGGUUUUGAAUCAGAUCCGUUGUUUUAUGAUUCAGUUCAAUGGGUGUUGGCUAAAACUGGUAAGAUACUUCUACUGGGCACCGCCUGGGUUGCACCAAUACUUCUUGGGGCUCCCGUAUCGUGUGUCCCCGUAUGGACACAGCCACACAUACUCGGACACACCUAAAAUACUUCUAUCUUACUAUACACUAGGAAACAGCUGAGAACUUAAAGGUCACCUACCUCUAAGGAAGAUUAUAGUCGAAAACAUGCAUGUGCUAGCAGACAUACACUUGUGCAAUUGUAAACAAGUGCAAACAAAUACAGUUGUGUGGUUUUCUCGUUUACAUUUCUAUAUAUAUCUUAAAAAUUGACGGUACUUCAACAUAUACCGCUGUGUCCCCGUAUUAUAGUUUUUCAGAACUGCCGUAUUGGACACGCGGACACGCCGCUGUGUCGGACACCCGUGGCGGUAUUGGUGCAACCCAGGGCACCGCUAGGAGCUUGAAUAUAGCUGUUUACUUCUAUCUUUAUUUUGAUGAUACUUGCUCAUUAUUUGAUCGAGGAAAAUGUGUGGUUAUCUUAUAGUUUUCUUACUGGAAACUGCGUAUUCAGUUGAUUCCUAGCUUCGGGUAUAAAUCAAAAUUUUGGGAUAUACACUCAGUUUAUGUAUGUGGUCAUGCUAAUGAAAUUCGAGGUGAUCUUGAGCUAUUGGAUUGCUGGGUAUAUGAUCGUGGCAAAGUGGUAUAUGUUUUUAAAGGGGGUUCAUAUUUUGUUGAUGCUUAUAAAGUUGGUGUUGAUACAAAUACUUCUGGUGUGACUAUCCUUAAUUGGUUGAUUUCGUUGAAUCUGUUCCAUGAGAAUUUACUUUAUGAGAUGGUUUUCAGUCAUGGGUUUCUAUUAGAUUCAUUCUUUCUGAUUCUCGUCGUAUAGUGUUGCUUAAAAAUGAUGAUGGUGAUAGGUUUCAACUUUUUAUGGAUACGUCUGAGAGUAAUUAUCAAAUUUUGUUGUUUUUGUUGGAUAGAGUAGUUGAAACUGGUAAAACACUAGAACUGUUGGGUAGACUACUUGGGAGUAUAGUGUGGAACUGGAAUGGUGGUGAAGCUGAUAUUAUUUUGCAACCUCAAAAUGGUUGGCCUAAUGCUAUAGGAGUCAUUCUUGGUGCACUGCGGACGGUUAGUGUAUGUGAACAUGGGCAGGGGAAUGUGCUGCUAAUAUUUUGGAAGGAGUUUGAGUGUCUUCUGAUGCUUCUUUCAGCUCCAAUAAUAGUGCAAAAUGUUACAUCUGAAGUCUAUGAGAUUCCUUCAUUUCGUGAAACCGUUCUAACUGCAGUUGCUUAUUCCACUUGGAGCUUUUUGUACUCGUUUUACUCUGCUCAAUAUUUUUGGUCAUGUUGCAACCAAGUAGUGGGUGUAUACGAGUUUCAUUCCACUCGUUAUUUACUUCCUUAUUACAGCUGUUUGGGGGAUUUGGUAUCUCAAGCAAAUGAGCAUUACACCUGGCCAGAUAUUCUUGCAGCUAUUAUCCGACUACAGCACAUGCUCGAUGGGGUUCAAGUUUCAGAAGUGUUGAUAUUGGAGGUACUGCUUAUGGGAUAUUCUAUCUCUGUUAAUACUGUAUCUACCCACUUACUUCAAGUCUUUAAUUCAGAUUUAUUUCUGCUCAGUGUUUCACUUGCUCAUGCGAUCUAUGAAACUCUUGCUGUCCUAAAGGCAGUUGAACUUGUUUAUUCUACCAAGUUGGAGUUCUUUGCAAUAUUAAGUGGAAUUCAGGUCUUGCUCACAGUAAUGAGGAUUCUGAAUGUGCUGAUAUGGUUCGAGUACUUGAAGUGGAAAUUCAAGUUAUUUUCAACUGUUGUGCAGUGUGAUAAAUGUUAGGUGGGUUGUUAAUUUUUUUUAUCUCAGUGGGGUGCUUUGACAUCAACUGGAACUAUAAGAGCAGCUGGUUCUGCAAAGGCGAGGUCCAUAAUCAAUUUGCAUCAACUCUUCGGAGGAGCAAAAUGUUUCUGUCACGUUUAUGGAGUAUGGGGAAUACUAGUGGAACUACAUGGCUUUUCAUUGAGUUACCUGAAACACCUGUCUCUACGAGUUGUAGUCGUUUGCUGUUUGAUAGAGGAAAAAUGCUUAACAAUGUAGUGAUACUUUACAAGCACCACACUUUUGGGUUGCAGGUUCCUAUGUCCAAGAGAGUGUUAUGGCUCGUCAGAAAUUUUUAUACGGCUGAUGGAAAUUCAAGUCAUGCUCACUAGGAUUCCAAGGGUGUUGAAGUUGGUGAUCUUUUUGAGGUGGGAAACUGCAACAAGCUAUGAUGCUCAGCUUGAUGGUGAAGAAAGUUUAAAUGGACUCAUGGGACCACAUCAAAAGCAAACUGAAAUACACAGACUGCAAUUUUAAAUUGCAAGGAGCACAACACAAGCAAAGAAAGCAAAUCUAGAUAUUAGCAUAAACAGAAAUAUGCUACUCUUGGCAGUUCUAUCCUCUUUAGAGAAGGGGGUCUUCCUAUGUGAAUGGUUCUUUCUCCUGCUUUCAAGUGUACUCCAUUUGAUGCCAAUGUGAAAGCUGAAAAAUUUAUUUCCUUUAUGCAAUGUGCUAAUUUCACUUCCUCAAUCCUUUCAAUCACUGAUAACCAUCUUAUUUUUAUGUACCAGAGUAUAUCACCUCUUUUGAUCCUUUCUAUGGAAGUAAAUGAGUUCGACUGAAUGAUUACCUUGGUGAGUUCCACUUGAGCAGCCCAUUCAAGAGCACAUAAUAUAACAUAUUCAGCAGCAAUGGAAGUAAGAGCCACACCCAUACCACCUGUGAGUGUCCCAAUUACUUGACUACUGCAAUCUCUAGCAAUGACUCCAACACCAGCUUUUCCUGGGUCUCCAAAAGAUAUUCCAGCACAACAAAGUAGAAAAUCAGUUGCAGGAGCUGUCCAGAAAAUCUCUUUGAUACAAUUAAAUUUUAUUUUCCUGUCACCAAUUUUGAAGUAUGCCAGAACUUGAGAAUCAUAUUCUUGAUUCCAUUUGUUGCAUUUCAUCCUGUAGCUACCUUCUUGUACUGCCUUGUAAAUCCUGCAUUUAAAUGCAUUACAGUUUGGUUUAAUUUCCUCAAACAGUUGUUUGUUUCUUUGAAACCACGGAUCUU